AUGGAGGUAGCUGCAGGAAAAGGGCUGGUGGUCGGCCUGGUGUGCACACAUGAGUUCAGGCGCCGCAGCACCGACCCCUUCACCAGCUUCCUCACCGAGUUACUCGAGUGGGCACAGAGCAGCGGAGCGCAGGUGGUCAUGACCGCCAACACGCACGAGUGGGCGCACGGGCUGCGCAAGGCCGCCUCAUCGGGGGAGGAGGCCUUGUGGGCGCAGGUGGUGCGGAAGGUGGGCGGCGGGUCGAGCGGGGUGGUGGAGCUCACCUACGAGCUCAUCGAGCGCCGCAUCGACGCCGUGUUCCACCUGGCUAGCGGCGGCGAGAUCAACACCAACCUGCCCAUGAAGGUGCUCAAGCGACAGGCCCUGGUCCACGACGUGCUCUACACGGCCUCGCUCGAGGCCGCCUCGUCCCUGGUGCGGCACUGGCGACUGCCGACCGACCCGGCGGCGGGCGGCGGCUGCGCGUCGGAGGGGCUGCUGGACGCGCGGGUACCGCUGGCCCGGAUGGCGGGCAAGAAGACCAUCGCCCUCAUCUCCCACGACGGCAAGAAGCUCGACAUGUGCCUCCUCGUUGUGGAGCACCUGCGCACGCUACUCACCCAAUUCGAUCACAUCAUCUGCACCGGAACGACGGGCGGCUGGAUCACUAAGUUCAUCAGGGCGGCGGCGGCGAGUGCCGACUCGGAGACGCUGGCGCCGUAUGCCAAGGACCUGGAGCACAAGAUCAUCUGCUGCGAGAGCGGGCCGCGCGGAGGCGACGUGCAGAUCGCACACGCGGUGCUUCGCCAGCUGUGCCACCAGGUCAUCUUCCUGAUCGACCCCAUGGCCGCCCACCCGCACGAGCCCGACAUCAGCUUCUUCGAGCAGGUGAUCGACGUGCAAGGCGUGCACCUGGCCACGAACCUACAAUCGGCGCAGCAGCUCUUGGCCCAGUACGAACGGAGCUGA